AUGGAAAAGAAAGAGGAAAAGAAACCGGCCGUGAAGACAAGAAGCUUCCAGAAGAUGGUGAAGAAAGUUGUCCACACACAAGCGACAAUUGGCGUUGUUGUCGACCGGAGGAAGCACGUCCUCUAUCCUUCCAACUCCAAGACAUGCCUUCAGGAAAUAAGAGUGGAAGGAGGAACACCAAUAACGGCAGAGAUAGCGAAGAAACUCCGCACCCUCGUCUUCGGUUCAUCCAGCAUGGUCGGUUCCGUGGAAACCGAGUGGACCAACCAGUCCUUCGGCUUCCAGCCUUACGACACGGCGAUGGGCUACGGCCUGAGAGUGACCAAGAACGCAACCAAAGGCCUGGUUAUGUGCAUGCAGGGUUUCGUUCUCAAGCAUCUUCUCUUCGCCAAGACUAAGGGGAAGUCCAGCGUUGAACCUAAAGCGCUGCUGAAGGCGAGCAUGCGCGCUCAGGAAGACUCGCUCGUGGAUGCAAUUGCAGAUAUCAUUUGGCAAGUCGGCGACAAGACCUCUGCCACACUCUGCCUUACCCAGGACGUAGCUUAUGCCAGAGACGAUGAGAGUUAUCAGUGUGAUGGAUGUACAGAGAAGUUCAUGUCCAACAAUCGAUCUGGCCUUCUGUUGUUCGUGUACAGUCUUAUAAUGACCCGAACUUUCAAAAGGGUGAUGGAGGACGCAGCGGACGUGAAGGAGAGUCUGAUUCAACCCAACGGACACAUCCACCCCAUCCUCGCCUCGCUCAUCCUCACUGGCAGAGCAACGCCUUAUCUGCAUAAUGGAAUUAUUUACGAGGGAAACGAGGAGACGAUGUCAAAACCCAAGACGGGCGUGCUGAAGCGGGCCGAAGUAGGUCACCUGGUGUGUCAAAGGUCAGAGAACAAAUUCCCCGUGGCGGUGGGGUCGCGCCUCAAGACCCCCACUCUCCCUAUAUGGGUUGUGCGCAGUGAUGAUUCCUAUGGGGUCCUUUUCAACCCCAAUCGAGAGCUGCUGAGGGACUACCAUGCUGAGAACAGAUUCGACCUUUACUAUUAUUCUUCGUCCAGCAACCAGAACAAAUCGACCAUCGUGACUAUCGACACCCGCAACGCGAGCAAUAAUGAUGAUUAUAGCACACCUGUUCUCGAGAACAUUAUUCACACCAAGUGGAAUGAUGCUGAAGUGACUUGGAACGGAUGCUCACCUUACAUGUAA